AUUGCACACACGUUUGACAGCAAACCAGAUCAUACAGUUCGAUAUCCUAUUAGACAUUUGUUUGACAGCAAACCUGAUCAUAUAUUUCACAGCAAACCAGAUUAUACAGUUUGGAAUCCUAUUAGACAUAAGUUUGACAGCAAACCAGAUCAUACUGUUUGCAAUCCUAUUAGACAUCAGAUUGACAGCAAAGGAUACUAUGCAGCUUGA